AUGAAAUAAACUGCGAAAACAACAUUCCAUGCGUCUUCUAAAACUCAUAACUUCCAGCAAAUGGUGUACAGCCGAAAAGCAAAAAACUCGACGACCGCCUUCGUGUGUCACCAUUUCGAAUUCUUUCGCGAACACCGACCAGUCACUUUGGCUACGAGAAACGAUUCAUGUUUGGGGAUUGGCCAAAAAGCCGAGAGAAACAUAGAAAAAGAUUCCGGAGCCUCCGAGUGGCCCUACUCCUACGACUGUCGUCCGACGUUUUCCAUGAUGCUCUCGCGACCCUAUGACAUGCCGUCACAUGUGCUCAUUUGACAUUUCCGAGUGGGCGCUAACACAAUUCGCACCGAGUCGCGCGUAAAGUGAUCCUAUGGUGAACCUGUGCUCUAUUAUGUGAUUUUCUUGAAUAAUGAACAAGAUGCAGUGACAGCUGACAGAUAUUACAUUAAGUGAUCCAUUUAAAGUUAUUAUUUUGAAUUGUCUUUUAACACAAUUUUGGAAUUUUAUCCGGACAGAUAAAACCGAGAGCAAGAAGAUAUAAAGAAGUGAUUAUUAUUACUUAAGUUUUUAAAAAUUCAAUAAUAACGUUUGACCAAGAAAUUUUCAGGAUUGAGAUAAAUACUUGAACUAACACUCUUCUGCUUUCUCUUCUUAAAUAAAAAAUUUAAAAAAUAGAAGAACAAAGGGAGAAAAUGAUGCAAAUCAAUAAUAUUUGAAAGACUAUCACAAACUUAAUUGUUUUACGCUAUUUUCUUUUGCUAAUACUUAUAGACUAAUUCCGCAAAUUGCUAAUUUGCAGAGACUCGAUAAAAAAUCUGCGUUUAUAUAUGCAUUAAAACUGUUAGUACCUUUAUUGCUAUGUCGUGGACAAAAGAUACGAUUGCGAACAGUCAUCGGAUAUCUGAUCAUUUUGAAUUACCACCGACACCGCCGACACCAUCAUCUCUUCAAAUGGAAGGGCAGAGCACGAGAUCAGCAACAGGUUGCGAGACACCUUGGCAUCACAGGUGGUCAUGGAGCAACCCAUCGAAUUCUUGUAAUGGAUUCGACGCUACAACCGAUGAUACCGCUCGUUUAUUCCCUCCACCUCAUAUCACGAAUUUUUUUCAAGACACCAAUCAAAAUUAUCAUAUGUGCAGAUGGGAACAGUAUUCGCAACAAGAUACUGCAGAUUGUUAUUCAAUGAUUGAUCAACUAAACGAUAAAGAGGAUAUGAGAUCUCCGAAUAAAUCGGAAGAUUUCUUAUACGAAAAUAAUCAAAAUCGCCGGGUAACAACCACGACAAACACAGGGAUGAUGUUUCGCGCUUGGGAAAUGCCUCAUUUGCAGAAUACGAUUAUAGAUUGCGAGCAGGAGAACAAGUAUCAAUCCUGGCAAGAUCCACAACAUAAUAAAAAUUAUGUGAAUUUAAUCUUAGGGGAAACCACACGUCCGCAUCAACGAGAACGAGAAACAACAAAGAGGACAAGUGAAAAGCCACGAAAAGAGAGAACUGCGUUUACGAAACAACAGGUUCGACACCUCGAAUGCGAAUUCGCGCAUAGUAAUUAUUUGACACGUUUGCGCCGUUACGAAAUCGCUGUAGCGCUGGAUUUGACAGAACGUCAGGUGAAAGUAUGGUUUCAAAACAGACGUAUGAAAUGGAAACGAACAAAAGGAAGUACAGCCAAUGUACAAGAAGCAACCACUGUUUGAUAUAUUUCUUCAAUGU